AGUCGUCUCCGUGCUCCUUCCGACGAGUUUUCCAAUUCACCUCAGUCAGUCCACCUUCCUUCUCUCUCUCUCUCUCUCUCUCUCUAUAUAUAUAUAUAUAUGUGACAAAGGCAUUUUCGGUUUUGAAUUUGGAGCUGAUCUUCUCGAAGAUACCCCUUCUAUUAUUGUCGCAGCGUUAGAUCCGAACGGUGUCACGGCGACGGAGGAUCUAGGAUUGGGAGCUCAAGAGUUUUCUCUCUCUCUCUCUCUCUCUCGUUGUAUGUGCGUGUGCGUGUGCGUGUGAGAGUGGAUCUGAGCGGCGAUGGCGUUGUCAGGCAUGCGAGGGCUCUCCGUUUUCAUCAGCGACGUCCGCAAUUGCCAGAACAAAGAGCAGGAACGCCUCCGUGUCGACAAGGAGCUCGGAAACAUCCGUACACGCUUCAAGAACGAGAAGGGCUUAUCACCUUAUGAGAAGAAAAAAUAUGUUUGGAAAAUGCUCUACAUUUACAUGCUUGGUUAUGAUGUGGAUUUUGGUCACAUGGAAGCUGUUUCUCUAAUAUCUGCUCCAAAGUAUCCCGAAAAGCAGGUUGGGUACAUUGUGACAUCAAGUUUACUAAAUGAGAACCAUGAUUUUUUGAGACUGGCAAUAAACACUGUGCGCAAUGAUAUUAUUGGUCGCAAUGAAACUUUCCAGUGUUUGGCAUUGACCAUGGUUGGCAACAUUGGUGGUAGAGAUUUUUCGGAGUCGUUAGCGCCUGAUGUUCAAAAGUUACUUAUCUCUAGCAGCUGCAGACCGCUUGUGAGGAAGAAAGCUGCACUUUGUCUGCUGCGCUUGUUUAGGAAAAAUCCUGAUGUUGUCAAUGUAGAUGGCUGGGCGGAUCGGAUGGCACAGCUAUUAGAUGAACGUGAUCUUGGUGUCCUGACAUCAUCUAUGAGCCUUCUGGUUUCCCUAGUAUCAAACAACCAUGAAGCAUAUUGGAGUUGUCUUCCAAAAUGCGUUAAAACAUUAGAGAGGCUUGCCAGGAACCAGGAUAUUCCCCAAGAGUACACUUACUAUGGUAUCCCAUCUCCCUGGCUUCAGGUUAAGACAAUGAGGGCUCUUCAGUAUUUUCCAACCAUUGAAGAUCCAAACACCAGAAGAUCGUUGUUUGAGGUCUUACAACGGAUAUUAAUGGGGACUGAUGUUGUUAAAAAUGUAAAUAAGAACAAUGCAUCACAUGCUGUUCUGUUUGAGGCUCUUGCUCUAGUCAUGCAUCUUGAUGCUGAAAAAGAGAUGAUGUCUCAAUGUGUUGCCCUUCUUGGAAAGUUUAUUGCUGUGCGUGAACCAAAUAUUCGAUAUCUUGGCUUGGAAAAUAUGACCCGGAUGUUGUUGGUAACAGAUGUGCAAGAUAUCAUCAAAAGGCAUCAGGCUCAGAUCAUAACCUCAUUGAAGGAUCCCGACAUCAGUAUUCGUAGACGCGCUCUUGAUUUGCUUUAUGGUAUGUGCGAUGUUACAAAUGCAAAGGACAUAGUUGAAGAAUUAUUGCAGUAUCUCAGUACGGCAGAAUUUGCGAUGCGUGAGGAAUUAUCACUUAAAGCUGCUAUUCUUGCAGAGAAGUUUGCCCCGGAUUUGUCAUGGUACGUGGAUGUGAUUCUUCAAUUGAUUGAUAAAGCUGGAGAUUUUGUUAGCGAUGACAUAUGGUUUCGUGUUGUGCAGUUUGUUACAAACAAUGAAGACCUACAGCCUUAUGCAGCAGCAAAAGCGAGAGACUAUCUUGACAAGCCUGCUAUACAUGAGACAAUGGUGAAGGUCAGUGCGUAUCUCCUUGGAGAAUUUGGCCACCUUUUGGCCAGACGGCCUGGGUGUAGUCCUAAGGAAUUAUUUAGCAUCUUACACGAGAAACUUCCUACUGUAUCGUCUUCUACCAUUCCCAUUCUCCUUUCAACAUAUGCCAAGAUUUUAAUGCACACCCAACCCCCAGACCCAGAGCUGCAGAAUCAGAUUUGGGGAAUAUUUAACAAAUAUGAGAGUUGCAUUGAUGCUGAAAUACAACAACGAGCUGUUGAAUAUUUUGCGUUGAGUAGGAAAGGUGCAGCUCUAGUGGAUAUAUUGGCUGAAAUGCCCAAAUUCCCUGAGCGACAGUCCGCUUUGAUCAAGAAGGCUGAGGAUACUGAAGUUGAUACUGCAGAACAAAGUGCUAUAAAAUUGCGGGCCCAGCAGCAAACAUCAAGUGCUCUGGUUGUGACUGACCAGCGUCCUGCUAAUGGGACACCAUCCAGCACCCAGCUUGGUCUGGUAAAGGUGCCCAGCAUGAGCAGUAACGUGGAUCAGAGUUUAGCAGAGCAAGGAUUGUCCCAUGAGAAUGGGACUUUGAGUAUAGUAGAUCCCCAACCUCCUUCAGCCGAUCUCCUUGGUGAUCUCUUGGGUCCACUGGCUAUUGAAGGCCCUCCCAGUAGUGAUGUCCAGUCUCAACAAAAUAUAGUCUCCGGAUUGGAAGAUGUUCCAAAUGCAGUGGAAGCCACAGCCAUUGUACCUGUUGGAGAGCAGACAAAUUCGGUUCAGCCAAUAGGAAAUAUUGCUGAAAGGUUUCAUGCUUUGUGCUUGAAGGAUAGUGGCAUUCUGUACGAGGAUCCUCAUAUCCAGAUUGGCAUUAAAGGAGAGUGGCGAGCACAUCAAGGGCGACUUGUUCUUUUCUUGGGAAACAAGAAUACUUCUCCCCUUGUUUCUGUUCAGGCUAUAAUAUUACCUCCGUCCCAUUUAAAAAUGGAGCUCUCAUUAGUACCGGAAACCAUUCCUCCCAGAGCUCAGGUUCAAUGUCCACUUGAAGUUAUGAAUCUCCGCCCUAGUAGGGAUGUAGCAGUUCUUGAUUUCUCUUACAAGUUUGGUAACAAUAUGGCCAAUGUCAAGCUUCGCCUUCCUGCAGUCUUGAAUAAAUUUCUUCAGCCUAUACCAGUGUCGGCAGAAGAGUUUUUCCCUCAAUGGAGAUCACUUUCAGGACCGCCUUUGAAGCUCCAAGAAGUGGUUAGAGGCGUAAGACCAAUGCCUCUCAUGGACAUGGCAAAUCUAUUUAACAGUCUCCGGUUGAUGGUUUGUCCAGGGCUUGACCCAAAUGCAAACAAUCUUGUUGCAAGCACUACAUUCUACUCAGAAAGUACACAGCCCAUGCUCUGCUUGGUUAGAAUUGAAACUGAUCCAGCAGACAGGACACAGUUGCGAAUGACAGUUGCGUCAGGGGACCCAACAUUAACGUUUGAGUUGAAGGAGUUCAUCAAGGAACAAUUAGUUAGCAUUCCUACGGCGGCAUCCUAUGCUCCAAUGCCAGCACCUCCAGUACCUCAGCCAACUACUCCACCAGCAGCAGCAGCAUUAACAGAUCCAGGGGCUAUGCUUGCUGGUUUACUGUGAUAAAGGUGAAGGUGAGUGACAGUGUGAGGAUUUGUUCAUUAUACACAUGUAAACCUGAUUUAUACGGCCGGGCCACCCAUAUGUGCCUCGAGUUAGAGUGGUGGAUGAAGAAAUCAAGAUGCAAGGGCUGGCGGAAUUAGGGGUGAGAUAAUUGAGCAGCCGGCUGAGUGUUUGAGUGGGAUUUUCAUGGGUCGGUCCGUCGGGGAUUAAGAGAUUCUUUCUGCACAAAGUAAUUGUGCCUUGGCGAGAUUUUUCUCUUUUGGGGUGAGGGUCUUUUAUUGUUAUUAUCAUUUAUUAAUCUUGAUUUUUUUCCCCUUCCCAGUGUCGCUGGAUUGGUUUCUGUAGCAUAAUAUUUGAGUGCAUGUAAAAGAUAUUGCAAGUAGAACCGGUUGUAACAGUUUGCUUUUGUUUGUUAGUCCAUAGUAAUAUUUUCGAUAGAGCAAUUACUGGAGGGUA